GACCCACCCAUACGAGAUAUCUAUAUAUUCUUGCAGGGAGCUCUAACAGUCUCAUCAUUUGUCGUUUUUGCCUCUCUUUCUCCGAUCAGCCAUGGCGGCCAUUUCAACUCGCACCCCACCGAUUCUCGCUCUCAAGCCACGCUCAGCCUCUUCUAUCACUUUGAGGUUUUCUAGAACCCUAAAUUUUCCUUCGAAGCUUGCUGGGUUUACUUCGAAAGCCCUUAAUUAUAAGUCCGGGAGGAGGCUGGUGCUCUCUGAAAGACACGUGGACGAGAAGAUCUCCGGCACAGCGUUUUCCUCCAGUGGCUCAUCCUCUUCCUCAACGAGAUCAAAGGUGAGACGGCACACGAUUUCAGUGUUUGUUGGGGAUGAAAGUGGAAUGAUAAAUCGGAUUGCAGGGGUCUUUGCCAGGAGGGGAUAUAACAUUGAGUCCCUUGCUGUUGGUCUAAACAAGGACAAAGCACUCUUUACAAUUGUUGUCUCUGGGACUGAAACAGUUAUACAACAAGUUGUGGAGCAGCUCGAGAAGCUUGUGAAUGUUUUAAAGGUUGAAGAUAUAUCGAAUGAGCCACAGGUAGAACGUGAACUAAUGCUUAUAAAAAUCAAUGCAGGUCCAGAGUACCGUCCCGAGAUCAUGUGGCUAGUGAACACCUUCCGAGCAAGAAUCGUGGAUAUCUCAGAAUAUAUGUUUACCAUUGAGGUAACUGGAGAUCCAGGGAAGAUGGUUGCCAUGCAAAGAAAUUUAAGCAAGUUUGGGAUCAAAGAAAUUGCCAGAACAGGAAAGAUUGCAUUGAGAAGGGAAAGAAAGGGUGCAUCUGCUCCAUUUCAGCGAUUCUCAGCAGCUUCAUAUCCAGAUCUUGAAGGAAAAAUAGCUGUUGGUGCUCCUCCACAGGAUACAAAACUCAAUGACAGAACUGAUAUGUCUGCAGGGGGAGAUGUUUAUCCUGUAGAGCCAUUUGAUGGAUUUGCAACCAGUCAAGUUCUUGAUGCUCACUGGGGUGUGCUCAAUGAUGAAGAUACAAGUGGACUUCAAUCUCACACUUUAUCCAUGCUUGUAAAUGACUCUCCCGGAGUUCUCAAUAUUGUUACAGGGGUUUUUUCUCGAAGGGGUUAUAACAUUCAGAGUUUAGCUGUUGGAAAUGCCGAAGUUGAGGGGCUCUCCCGCAUUACAACUGUUGUUCCUGGAACAGAUGAAUCAAUUAACAAGUUGGUGCAGCAACUUCAUAAGCUAGUAGAUCUUCAUGAGGUUCGUGAUAUCACUCACUUGCCAUUUGCUGAGCGAGAAUUGAUGUUGAUAAAGAUUGCGGCGAAUGCUUCUGCUCGAAGGGAUGUCCUUGACAUUGCCCACAUUUUUAGGGCUAAAGCAGUUGACGUGUCUGAUUACACAAUCACCCUUGAGCUUACAGGGGAUUUGCACAAGAUGGUUGCACUGCAGAGAUUGUUAGAGCCCUAUGGCAUUUGUGAGGUGGCACGAACUGGGCGAGUAGCAUUGGUGCGUGAGUUGGGUGUGGAUUCCAAGUAUCUUCGUGGAUAUUCAUUUCCUUUAUAAUUUUACAACUUGGGGAAGCUUAUCUUGCUUUGUUGGAGAAAAUUGGGGGAGUUAUAAGAGUGUUGUGCAUAUGCAGUAAGUACCAAAAUAUGGUUGCCCGAAUAAAGGAGGGCAAAAUGGAAUGAACGUUUGGGCCAAAGGAAUUUCAUCCAUGAGACACUGGUAUCAAGCUUAUGUUCCUUUUUUUCUUUUCUUUUUUUGGUUGGGGGUGGGGGGAGAUAUGUGACUUUCUAUGGGUAGGUUCAUUUUUGGUCAUGUUAAGAGCGUUCAUUGCCCUGGCUUUUCAAAAGAAUAUUUGGUUAGGACAGGCGUUGGAAAUGAGAAAUGGAACAGCAAUAGAACCAUUUGCAAAAUUUCGUUUAAAGUAUUUGAUCAGAAAAUGCAUAC